ACCUUCAGCGGCAAGCAGCAGGCGCAGUUGGUGUCAGUCCUCUGCCUCCCGUGCAGCACCGCGGCCAUGGGCGGCUCAGCUUCCAGCCAGCUGGACGAGGGCAAGUGCGCCUACAUCCGAGGGAAAACUGAGGCUUCUAUCAAAAACUUCAGCCCCUACUACAGCCGGCAGUAUUCUGUAGCUUUCUGCAAUCAUGUGCGCAGCGAGGUGGAGCAGCAAAGAGAUUUAACGUCACAAUUUCUGAAGACCAAGCCCCCACUGGAACCAGGAACGGUUUUGUAUGAAGCUGAGCUCUCCCAGUUUGCUGAAGACAUCAGGAAAUGGAAAGACAGAUACAUUGUGAUUAAAAACGAUUUUGCUGUGGAAAGCUAUGAGAGCAAAGAGGCCUAUCAGAGAGGAGCUGUUCCUAAAAGCAGGAUUCUUCCAGCCGGUGGCAAGGUGUUAACCUCAGAAGAGGAAUAUAGUCUCUUAUCUGAUAAGCAUUUCCCAGACCCCACUGCUUCCAGCGAGAAGAACUCUCAGCCCUUUGUGCUCCUCCCUAAGGCAUUCCCAGUGUACCUGUGGCAGCCUUACCUCAGGCAUGGCUACUUCUGUUUCCAUGAGGCCGCCGAACAGCAGAAGUUCAGCGCUCUUCUCAAUGACUGCAUCAGACACCUGAACCACGAUUACAUGAAGCAGACAACAUUUGAAGCCCAAGCCUUUUUAGAAGCUGUGCAGUUCUUCCGGCAGGAGAAGGGUCACUACGGCUCAUGGGAAAUGACCACCGGGGAUGAAGUCCAGGUCCUGAGUAAGCUGGUGAUGGAGGAGCUCCUGCCGACCCUCCAGACUGACCUGCUGCCUAAACUGAAGGGGAAGAAGAAUGACAGAAAGAGGGCCUGGUUUGGACUCCUGGAGGAAGCCUACAAUCUGGUUCAGCACCAAGUUUCAGAAGGAUUAAAUGCCUUGAAGGAGGAGUGCAGAGCUCUGACAAAGGACCUGGAAGGGACCAUCCGCUCAGACAUGGAUCAGAUUGUGACCUCAAAGAACUUUCUAACUGGGAAGAUCCGAGCAAUGGUGGCUCAGCCAGCCGAGCAGUGCUGUGGGGAGAGCGUGCAGCCCUUCCUGGCGUCCAUUCUGGAGGAGCUAAUGGGGCCAGUGAGCUCUGGCUUCAGUGAAGUCCGUGCACUUUUCGAAAAAGAAGUAGAUGAACUCAGUCAGAGCUUCCAUGCUACCCAGGACAGUGCCCAGCUGAAGGAGGGCCUACAGCAGCUAAUGAAGCUUCCUCUGGAUUCUGUGAAGAUGGAGCCUUGCUAUACUAAAGUCACCCUGCUUCCAGAGCGCCUGCUGGACCUCCAGAGCCGCUUCAGGUUCCCUCACGUUGACCUGGUGGUCCAGAGGACUCAGAACUACAUGCAAGAGCUCAUGGAGAAUGCUGUGUUCACGUUUGAGCAGUUGCUCUCCCCAUAUCUCCAAGGAGAGGCUUCCAGAAUACCAGUGGCCAUCGAGAAGGUUAAGCUCCGUGUCUUAAAGCAAUAUGAUUACGACAGCAGCACCAUCCGGAAGAAGAUCUUCCAGGAGGCAUUGAUUCAAAUCACACUGCCCACUGUGCAGAAGGCGCUGGCAUCCACAUGCAAACCAGAGCUUCAGAAAUAUGAGCAGUUCAUCUUUGCAGAUCAUACCAACAUGAUCCACGUUGAGAACGUCUAUGAAGAGAUUUUGUAUGAGAUCCUCCUCGAUGAGACCCUGAAAGUGAUAACGGAGGCAGCCAUCUUGAAGAAACACAACUUAUUUGAAGACAACAUGGCCUUGCCCAGUGAAAGUGUGUCCAGCCUGACAGACCUCAAAACCGCCAUGGGGUCAAACCAGGCCAGCCCAGCCAGAAGAGUAUCUGCCAUUCUCCCAGGAGCUCCAGAUAAUGAGCUCCCAAGUAAUGAAGUGUUCCAGGAGCCAGAGGAAAAGAAGGAGCAGCCUGGGGUGCCUGGCUCACUGGCCAUCUCUGCGUCCAGCUGUCCUUCAGGUGGGGAUGGGCAGGUGUCUGUGGAUCACUCUGCUGGGGGCCCUCUCACUGUAGAGAAUACAGCAGGACCCCUCAGCUCACACUUGUCAGAGGUGGAAGCUGGGGGGACCCUUAAAGAUGAGGAACCAACCUGCCAAAGUCCAGAGCCUAGCGCUGUGCCAGGGUCCCUGAAGGAACUGAAAAAGUUGUUGACUGUGACGGUGUCCGUAGAGUCUGCCCCGGUGGUUGAAAAUGAUAUCCACAACGGGACACCUGUUCCCCAAGAGAAUAUAAAAGAAGAAGAAAGCAAGAUCCACCCAGAAGCCAGCCACCCAGCUGCCAUCCAGCAGGACAGCUGUGAAGAAAGGGAAGUCAGAGAGAAGGAGGCCCAGCCUUUGGAAGCUGAGGCUCCUGGGGUGGACUUGGGGAUACUGCCAGAGGGUAGAGGCUCUACCUCUCAGUCCACCAGUGGGGGGCUCACUGAGAACACCAGCUGUCCAGGCCCCAUAGAGGAGCCAUUUGAGGCUCAAGAGCCAGCAGAGAAGGUGCUCCCAGCCAUAGUUUCUACAGAGGACAGCCCCCAGGCAGGAGGUGAGGCUGAGCAUUCGGUGACAGUCACACCUCAAGAAGAUGCCACGUUAAGCUCUAACCCCAUCUGUCCCAUGGAGAGCAAUGAGGUGGCCCAGGCUUCUGGGGAUCAAGAAGUGCUGGGAGGGGAGGAUAGCUCAGCCCUUGGUAUGGAUACAGAGCAAGUCAAUGAUACUCAUGAGCAUGCUUGUCAGUGGCUGGUGGAGGAUACCCUGAGCACUGACAUCCUAGCCGUACAUGAUUUUGAUGUGAGCUCCCCAGAGCAGCCCUCAGAGGAGUGGUAGGAACAGUUUGCUAGCCGUUUUUCUUUUAAAACUGUCAGCAAGGGGGGUCUUAGUUAUGGGGUAUCCUUAGGGGGGUUGCAUGUGACUUGCUAUAAAAGUUAUGAAAUAUUUCUUUGAUUUGAAUGGUGAAGCCAGAGGAAAUGUCUAGCGGGUGUGAGCGCUGAGCUGUCUUUGAGGAGCUGAAGUGCUCCCUAUGAAUGAUCGCUUUAGCAUUUUAGUAGAAAUGGGGUAGGAGAACUGGAGCCUUGGGGGUGAAAGGCAGUUCAAGGGGCUCCAGAGAGGGGCCAGUGUAGGAGCAGCAAAUGACACCUCAAUAUUCUCUUCACCGAAACAUGGUACACAUUUCGAACUGCACUUGAAGGCAUUCUAAUCAAGCACGUGAAGGACUCCAGCCACACCACCCACUCAGUCGGCUUCACUGUCUCUUGUCCACAAUCAGGCCACACGAAAGAGGAAGUUGGGAACCAGGCGUCCCUGUCCUGUAAAGUACCCAGAGCCACUCACGGCUCGUAGAUCUCAGGUGAUGCAGAGCAGAAAUCCAAGGUGAAAGGUCUGUGCAGCAUCUAUCUAGACCUGUUCCUAAUCCUGCUAUCAAUUCCUUGUUGGUUAAUUUUGUUGGUUUAUAUUAAUUAAUCACCUUUUAAGGAAACUCAGAUGGGGCAAGAGAUUUCAUUGGCACAAAUUAGCCUUGGGCUGUACAAAGUGCUUGGCUAAAUGUUCUAGCUCAAAACCUGCCAAUUACACAGACAUUAUUUGAACAGCUACCGUAUGCUCUGUUCGUCACAGUAAUAAAUAAGAGAUCAGGUGCUUUGCUUCAUAUAAAUUAAAAGGCUCGUGAAAAUUUAGUCUAGAAGAAAAGAGUAUUUAUUCCAAUUUUUAAGUUUUAAACCAUGCUGGCUUUCACUCUUCCCAUUCACAAGGUUCUGGUUUAUUUUCUGAGGGAGGGAAGGAAUUAAUGAAUGAAAAAAGGAAUGAAUAAAGCUAUUUAAGUUUACCAAAGACUUUACCAAUGUAGAAAUUGUUUGAUCAUUCAACAAAUUGUUUUCUUAGGUUCCCUAUCAGGCCCCAAGCCUGGGGAUGCCAUGAUGGAAACACCAGUGUUCCUUCUUUCUGAAGGAAACAGAAAGAAAUUCACCUCUAAAAUAGAUUGCAACCCAUAACUGUCAGCGUAGGGGAUAAAUGCGCUCAGUUGCAGUAAAGACGUCACACAUUGGCUUCAGGGUUGGUUUUACCCAGCACCAUCAAGCACCUCCUUGAGAGAUGUUAUCCCACACUUAGCCGUUUAAUUGGGAAUUAAGCUAUCACCCUCCCCACCUCUCCCACAAAGACUUUCUGGGGCUUCUAAGUCAUAGAGGAUGAGUAACGAUCAUACCAGCAUGGCCUCAUACUGAAUCACUUCACCUUUUCUUAGAAAGGCUGCAUCCAUGAGAUAUCCCACAAUUAAGUGAGGAAGGACUAACCAGUCUUCUCGCCAGUAUGUGAGGAAGGGAGAGCCCAUCUCCUAUACUCCCCGCUGGCCUUUUACCCGACUUUUAGCAUGGUGCACCCAAAUUAUGUUUACUUCCACCACCUCCUCCUUCCUUCAAGGACUGACACUGGGGAUUAGUCAUCGCUUGUUCUUUCUGCUGGAAACCUGUGUCCUUGAAUAAUGGCUUCCUGCUUGCCAAGUAACUUCAACAUCCCAGGGCCUAGGAUAAGGACUGACAACUUUCAUGCUACUCAGGAAAUGUGGGAGCCAAACACCUGGCACGAUGCUGUGCGGGGGCUAUUCGGGGCUUGCUUUUAGGCAGGGAGAUGUUUCUAAUAAAGCUUUCUGACCUUGUUGAAGCUGCCCAUAAAUAAAGUCCAAAGCUGAAGAGGCAGAUAGCCAAAUGGCCAGCAGAAUGUGCAGUAAGGCAGAGCGCCAAGAGAUCAGCAUCUAGCCCCACAGAUACUACCCUUCUUUCUCAGAGAGCCACAGCUAUUGUGGAGCCCCAGCUCAUGCCAACCCUGCUCCAGAACCUCUCAUCUCCCCUGCCUUUGCUCACCUCCUGCACCCCAUGAGAAGCUAAGAAUAACCGAGAGUUCAUGUCACUCAGUUGGCUGGGUGAGGGUUAGUGCCAAUCCAGAAGGCCAGAGAGGAGUAGGCACUAAGUAGCACAAUGUUCUAGAAAACGCCAAGAACACUUCCCUCCAUGUUCCACACAGCCAAGGUCUCCAAACCAGGCAAGACAGCAGUGACAUGGCAAGAUGGACAAGGACCCUGCAGUGCACUAAAGAUAGUCUCUGUGUGUGGUAACAUGUCUAACACUUGUCUUGCUUUUCAUAGGUUUGUGUGUGUUCUAGUGUUUCCAUGAGGGACCAAGGCGCUUGUGAUCUGAAUGUGCCGUCUCUGCCUUGGGCAAAGCUCUUGCAAACUCCUGGUUCAUGGCCAAAUCUCCAGGACUUUAAACUAGUUAUGUUAUUUACUGACCUUUUACAAAGAGAUUUUCCUUGAAAAAAAAAAUGACUUGUUCUGGUAACCUUGGCACAGUGUAUGAAAUUAUGCAGUUACCCCACCACACACACACACACCACAUUUUAAAAAGCAUUUUGGAGACUACAAGGCCAGAUUCCAGUGUCUUUUUCCAGAGAGUUCCAAUGUGAAGAAUUAGUCUAUGGACCCUCAUGUUUGCCCUUGUAAUUCUUUAGAUUAAAGCCUGUGACUUCUGAGGAUUUUUAUCAUUUUCAUUUUUAUCAUUAUCAAGUGAUUUUAAUUUGUUAUUUUUGUGAAGUGUUACAUGAGUUGAGGGCAUGGUUUCAGGCCCAGUACUUGCCUAGCAGGCUGGAGGUCCUAGUUCAACCCCCAGGUGGUGGUUGGGGGGAGGGGAGGCUACAUGAUGUAUGUGAGAUAUGCUAAAUAGCCAUUCAUGAUUUCAAUAUGGCAGAGGGUUUGACAUCAUUGACAUACACCAUAACAUAGUUUCAGGAUGUGAGAAUGCCUUCUCUGCCAUAAACACACAUGACCAGGGAUUUGCUUUCUGAAGUCUGGGACUUUGGGAAAAAGAAUUCCACACUGUGGUUCAUUUUUACAUUUACCAUACAAAGCAAGUAAACUAAGAACAUGAUGUAACCGUGUAUUUACGUUUCAUUUUUGCAUUCACCAUACAAAGCAAGUAAACUAAGCACAUGUUGUAACCAUGUAUGUACUCUGCCAAGUGCCUAUUUGCCAAGAAAACACUCAGCCCUGGAGGGCUGUCCAGAUACCUUUAGUUAGAAUGGGGCUGGCUCCAUCUUUUAGGUAAAUCUUUUAGGUAAAUGUCACACAGUGGAGCUGCAGGAACAGUCCUUGGAAGUGACAAGGCGAGUCACUCCUGCUGGCUCCGGAGACUAAUUUCUCUUGUUGGGGAGAAAUCCACCGGGGCACCACUUAGUGUCCAGUGAAAUUCCGCUUUGAUAAUACACACACAUGCUUAUUUUUCAAGGAAUUGGAUCACAUCCAUAAUCCAGCAAUGGGCAAUUACUCUUGAUAUAAUUGAACGGCUGUUCAAACUGCAGUCUAUUUUCAGCUGGUGAGACUGAGUAAAACAUUCCUUCCUUCUGUAAUUAUAAAUAAAAGUGUUUACUUACUAACA